GCUCCAGCCCCGGAGCACCCAGGGAGUCGGCAUCUAUGGACACCACUAUACCAGUAUAACUGCCCCCACUGUGGGGGUUGUGCUGAUUUAACUAUUUUGCUAAAAAAAUCACACCCUGAACCAAAACAGUUACAUUGGGUCAAAAGUGGCAUGUGGACCAGGCCGCAGGAAGAGGAGACAAGUCAGUUCUUCAGGCCCUGGUCAGCUCCAUUAUCUUUAGUGGGAUCAGGCCCAUCCCAUUGUUUUGGGUAAAUCUCAAGUUCAGUGCCAGAGGCUGCCUCGUAGGAACUGCCCCUGGUCUGGGGCCACGGCCACGCCUCCCUACGGGAAGUGCAGGGGGCAUUGUGCCUAUGGGAGGAACAACACUGCCAGGAGCUAGCCCAGAGUGCAGCUGUUGCCCCUAGGAGAGGAACAGUGUGUGCUCCCCCCUCAGGGCUGACCAGCCCUGCUGGUUGGUGUUGGGGGCAGCAUGGCUUGGCCUCACCUCCUCCUUCCCUCUCUGGAACGGUCUGACCCAUGUGGCACUUCAGGCUUUGAUUGCCUCUGCAGCAUAGACUGUGUCUCUUGAUGAGGCAUCUCGGCUACAGGCCAGGGAGCUGCCCAGGACAGAGUUCCCGAAUGCCCCGCAGUCUGUGGGCACUUGGGCUUCUAAUCCCUGUGCUGAAGUAGGAUUUAACGGCCAUUCAGCCCUUUGGAAAGGCUUGAGCCAGGCUGGUUUGCUCCCGGAAUAGAUUGUAAGCUGCUUGGGGCAGGUGUCAUCUGCGUUUGUGCAGCACCCAGCACAGCGGGGUCCUGGUCCAAGGCUGUGGCGCCUAGGUGCUACCACAGGAAAGGUAAUAAGGUGGCAAAGGGAGAGGUAGGUAUCAUGGGAUGGAGAUUCAGACCUGGGAUGAGUUCCUAGCUGUGCCACCGACUUUCCUAUGUGACCUUAGGCAAGUUGCUUUCCCUACCAAGGCCCUCAGUUUCCCCUCAGUCCAGUGAAGAUGAUAAUCCUUCCCCUCAUCUCGAUGGGGAUAGCUCCUCUGCAGUUUGUGAUAAUACAGUGAGUAGGGCCCUGCAAGUACUUAGAUGCUAGUUUGAAAUGUUUCUCCCGCCCUUCCCAUCUCUGUGUGUCUGUGACUGUCUGGAGCAGGGCUCUGGAAUUGUUUCUAGGCUACAUUUCAACGGGUAGUGCUAAGCCUAUAGGGAGCUGGUGGCAGUACACGAGACCAUGGGGUAGCUGUAGAUAAGGUGGACGGUGGGAACUUUACUCUCCCAUCCCAACUUGGGGCCACAAGGGUUGGUCCCCGUGUAAAGGGCUGUCAGGGUAGCAUGAGCGUGUGGAUGUUUUUCCUUCCCCCGAUGGUAUCUCCCCUUCCAAUUUGGGUUCAUCCUCUCCAGAAGGUGUUGGAGCCCAUCAGCAGUUUCCUGGAUGGGUGUUGGGAGGGUCAGUGCUCCUGUUCCUCGCAGUGGAGUUUUACUUUCCAUUUCCCCCGUUGUGUGAUUUCUCAGAACUUGGAUGCAGCAUUAACCUUUGAGUUUUACUCUUUGCCCCCCAGCCCUUUCUAGCCAGUGUUCAGCUCACGCAGCAUCUUCUCGCUACACUUCAGCAACUGCCUUCAUAGGAAACAGCCGAGCUGCAGUAGCUGCUUCAGCCCAGACACACGGAACCGGAACUUCUGAAAGCUGCAGGAAGUUUAGCAUCUAAAAUGUCAAGCUACAUCAUUCAAGUUGCCAACAACAGUAAGGGAUGUGUCACCGUUGUUGUUAGUACCAAUCCGGUAUUACGAUCGUUGAGUGAGUCUCUGGUCGUGCCUACCUACGACCUCCUCAAGUCAUUCUUCACUAAGGAGGAGCUGAGAGUUUCACCAGGGGAAAAGUCAGUUGUAAACGAAGUUGGUAUCUUGAAAAUCUUCACCUAUGGAGUUGGGUUGACCGGAGCAGAGUGGUACUAUAUUAAGGUGACAAGAGAGGAUGAUGAGUGGCUGGCUGUGUGUCAAACUCCUCUGCAUUGCACCUGGAUUGUGGAUGAUGACAAAAUCUACCGGGAAGAUAACCAGUCAAUAUGCAAACCAUUUGGUUUUGUAUCUGAUAAAUCCAGCUACAUCAUUAAAGUUACCAACAAAACCGAAGAAGUCAUCAGUGUUGUGGUUCAUGAAGGUCUGCUAGCCCAAGUGCUGAGUCCUGAAAGAAUUCUAAGCCACGUGAGAGACAGCUACUUCAACUCAGGGGUUGCAGUUGAUCCAGGAAAAACAAAAACUAUUAAUAAAGUGAACCCCAAGAAGUUAUCCUCCUACAAAUCCAUCGGUAAUGUAGCGGGCAUGGUAAAUAUAUCAACCCAUUCUAUAAAGGUGAAAAGGGGUGAACAGAUCGCUCAGUGUAACACCCCUUUGCAUUGCACCUGGAUCGUGGAGAGCCAUGGAAUGUGGCAAGAAAAUAAACCUACAGAAGUUUACAAAUUUCAAUAACAUGCUUUUCUCCUUCUGCUUGCUUAUAAAAUAUCGAGAAGACGACGACCCCCAAUGAAUACGCCUUAUAAAUCCAUGGGGCUUCGCCAGUAUUGGCUUUAAGAGCCAACACAACAGUUGUGUGUGUCCUGGUGACUAAAUAUGUGAGCUAAUGAUUUGCAACAAAUAAUGUAUCUGACAAUUUUUUUCAAUUUUGAAUAAAUCACUUGCAAAUAAUUUGUCCUACUAUUUAGCUAGUUCCACCGAGUCAGUAGAAUGUAUUCACCACUUCUUUGUGACAAUCGAAUAAACUCUCUAUGAAUAUA